AUGCCCCAAAAGUCCCAAGUUUCAGGGAACAAGCGGGAGGUGAGGGACCUCUUGGACCGCUGCAACCGCGUGGAGGCUGCCCUCACCGCGCCCGCCGCCAGGUCAGCGCGGCGGCGGCGGUCGGAGGGCUCCUCUGAUGACGUCAGCGGCGAUGACGGGGACCGUGGCGGCCGCCGCGGCGGAACGGGAGGUGACCUGGGAUUGGAUUUGCGGCGGCAGUGGGAGGACACGGGGGCAACAGCCGCGGCAGGGGCAUGGCGGCAGCAGCAGCAGCAGCAGCAGCAGCGCGCGCCGCCGGGCGGCCGGGGCUCGCGUGCCGGGCCGGCGGCGGCCGAGCAGGCGUGGGCGCGGCCGGCGCAGCCGGCGGCUCCCUGGCUCGGAGGCGGCGGCGGCAGGGCAGCGCAGCAGCUCCCCCGCGCCCCCGGCCGGCAGCCCCCUGCGCGGCCGCGCGAUGCCAGGGGGUCUGCGGCGCUGGUCGCGGCGGAGGCGGACACCGCGGCGGCGCUCGCGGCGCUGGCGGGCGGGCCCGGCAGCGUGAGGGGCACGCCGCUGGGGUCGCUGCUGGCCCAGUGGAAGGAGGCGCAGGCGGCGUGGGCGGCGGAGAAGGCCAAGCUGCGGCGGGACGCGGCGGAGGCAACAAAGCGGGCGGCGAGGGCUGAGCUUGAGCUCACCAAGCAGGAGAGGGCCGCGGCGCACAGGGCGGCCGACGUGGCCAGCCUGCGGGCGGCGCUCAAGGGCCGGGACCUAGCACUGGAUGACGCCCUCACGCGGUUGCGCGCGGCUGAGGACGCUUUGGCCAGGGCGAGCGAGGCAGCUGCCGAGAAGCUGUGCGCCCUGGCAGCCGAGAGGGACGACCUGCAGGUGGGCGGGCGCGACACGAUGCAGGGGCCGCCCGGGAAGCUGGGGCUCCUGCUGGCGACGCUGGACCGGUUAGAGGCGGUGGAGGGUGCCGCGGCCGCCGCGGACCGCGGCACCGAUGCACUACAAGAGAAGGUCCACCGGCUCGAGGAGGAGCGCCUGGCCGCGCUGGAGGCGGCGGCGACGGCACGGUCAGAGGUGCGGGAGUUGGACGAGGCGCGGCGCCGGCUCGAGUGGCAGGGGAAGCUCCUAGACAAAAUGAGCGAGGUGCAGCUGCGCCACAGCAAGCGCAAGGCUGCGGCGAUAAAGGACCUUCUUUCGGAUGCUCACCGCGCCGAGGGCGCGGCCACGGGCUGCGGCGGCGGCCGCAGUGGGGCGGACCGGGACGCGAGCGGGUCGGCGCGAGCGCUGCUGCGGGCGCUGCGCCUGUCCGCUGGCGGCGGGGCCGGCAGCGCCGGCAGCGAGAGCGGCGGCGGCGGGUCAGGGUUUUUGAGCGGGGAUGAGGGGGAUGAAGGCGGAGGCUUGGGGCUGGAGGUCUCCGCAGCUGAUGGGGAGGCGGCAAGCCUCAUCGCUGGACUGGGGCGUGCGGCAAGGGCCUGCAGUUGA